AUGAACCAGCUCGUUACGUUAACCUUGGCAGUGGCGGCCCUUGCAGCGGUGUGCACGGCCAGUUACGCUCCUGCCAAGUACGAAGCCCCGAAACCUGCUUAUCACGCACCGGCUCCAUCGUACCAUGCACCCACGGCGGUUAAGUGCGGCUCAAACCUGCUGAUCGGCUGUGCUCCCAGUGUUGCGCACGUUCCUUGCGUUCCAUCGCACGGUGGCGGCCACAGCUACGGCGGCGGUCACGGAGGUCAUGGAGGACACGGAGGAGGUUACCACCGCGCUGCGGAAUCGGAAGCGUUCGAUCAGAUGGACUAA